UUCCCUUCCGUCGCCUCUUCUUUUUUUUUCUUUUUUUUUUUAACUUCAAGCAGAAGUGCGGAUGUGAGCUGCAUAUUGAUCCGGAACAGGCCGUCGGGUGUUUUUUUUCUAGUUGAUUUUUUUUUUUUUUUUUUUUUAAUUUUUGAUGAUGUUUUUGGAGCUAUGAAUCCGGAGGAGCAGACGGUAACCUGGCUAAUUUCGUUAGGAGUACUCAGCUCACCUAAAAAGAACAUCUCGGACCCGGAGGGGUUCCUGAAAGCCUCGUUGAAGGAUGGAAUCGUCCUGUGCAAACUCACCGAGCGGCUUAUACCCGGUUUUAGCGCUAAGUAUUGUCAAGACCCGAGAAAUGAAGCCGACUGCAUUUCCAAUAUCCGGGAGUUUUUAAGAGGAUGUUCGUCCUUGAAGGUGGAGGGAUUUGAGCCAGAGUGGUUGUACACCGGUGAACAUUUCAGCAAGGUUCUGACCACUUUGCUGGCUGUCAACUUUGCUACACAAGACUGUGGUACUGAGAGGUCUUGUCUGCAGUCCAGUGCAACCAGUCCUAGACAGUCCAGUUCCACUCACACACACUCCUCAGCCAAAUCCAAAGGCUCUCUGCGGAGACGGUCCAAAUCAGUGGAGAUGUCUGAGAACGGUGCAGGUGGACAGCUGAUGGUGAAGGCCCGUUUUAACUUCAAGCAGAACAAUGAAGACGAACUGUCCUUCAGUAAAGGUGAAGUGAUCCUCGUAACACGGCAGGAGGAGGGAGGCUGGUGGGAGGGCACGCUCAACGGCAAGACGGGUUGGUUCCCCAGUAACUACGUCCGUGAGAUCAAACCCUGUGAGAAGCCAACGUCUCCUAAGGGAACUCAGCUGACCAAGAACUACUACAGUGUGGUGGUGCAGGACAUCUUGGAACAUGAGCGGGAGUUUGUUAAGGAAUUACAAACUGUACUGAGUUGUUAUCUACGACCACUACAAGCCAGUGACAAGCUCAGCAGUGUGGACAGCGCAGUGCUGUGUGGAAACCUGGAGGAGAUCCUCACUUUCCAGCAGGCUCUCUGUGUGGCUUUGGAAGAAUGCACCAAGCUGCCGGAAGGCCAGCAGCGAGUGGCCGGCUGUUAUUUGAACCUGAUGUCCCAGAUCAAGACUUUGUACCUGACGUACUGCUCCAGUCACCCUUCAGCUGUCUGCAUCCUCACUGACCACAGCGAUGAACUUGACAAGUUCAUGGAGAGUCAGGGAGCCAGUGCACCAGGGAUCCUGUCGUUGACCAGCAGUCUCAGUAAACCCUUCAUGAGGCUGGACAAGUACCCCACCCUGCUGCAGGAGCUGGAGAGACAUGUGGAGGAAGCCCAUGUUGACUAUACUGACAUCAUAAAGGCCACAGCAGCUUUUCGGAAUCUAGUGUCUCAGUGCCAGGACCUGCGAAAACGUAAGAACCUGGAGCUCCAGAUCUUAUCUGAACCAUUGAGGGGUUGGGAAGGAGACAACAUGAAGUCCCUUGGUCAUGUAGCCUACAUGUCCCAGGUCCAUGUGAAAAAUGGAUCCACUGAGGAAAAAGAGGAGCGCUACCUCAUGCUUUUCCCUAAUGUGUUAAUUAUGCUGUCCGCCAGUCCACGGAUGAGUGGCUUUAUUUACCAGGGACGACUCCCAUUGACAGGCACUACAGUAACUCGACAUGCAGAAGAUCCUGAAAGUUGCCAUUAUGCUUUCGACAUCACAGGGAGCAUGAUCGAUCGUAUUACGGUGUUCUGCGUUAAUGCCCAGGAGUUACAAGAGUGGCUGGAACACCUGCAGCCCUUUACCAAAGGAGGCAGCCCUGCAGGCACCAUUUUGAAGAAUGUAGAAGGUAAACCCGUGAGCAUGAUCGGUACUUCCUCACACCUUUCCCAUCUGGGCAGCCUUAGUGCAGUCAGUCGUGGCCCCCUGGAACCACCAAAGAUCAGCAAGCCAUGGUCCCUUAGCUGUCUUCGCCCUGCACCUCCCCUAAAACCUUCCGCUGCACUUGGAUACAAAGAGAGGAUGUCGUAUAUCAUGAAGGACACCAGCAAGAGCCCACGACCUAUGAAGAAGUUCCUUCCAGGCAACAGGAAGAAAGACCGAAAGCCAUCUGAUGAUGAGAUUCAUGUUAGAAAAAGUACGGUCGCUCUGGAGGAGGAUGCCCAGAUACUGAGGGUGAUUGAGGCGUACUGUACAGGAGCCAGCCUGCAUCAGACCAACACAGUGCGGAAAGAGUGCGCCCCUCAGGUACUUCUCCCAGAGGAAGAGAAGAUCAUUGUGGAGGAGAUGAAGAGCAACGGGCAAACAGUUAUUGAAGAAAAAAGCCUGGUGGAUGCAGUGUAUGCUUUAAAGGAUGAGGUUCAUGAACUGAAAAAGGAGAAUAAGUGGAUGAAACAAUUCCUCGAGGAAGAGCAGAAGUCUCGCAAGGAGCUGGAGAGAGUGGUGAGGAAACUGAGCAAGCAGAAGAACGACUGUGGUUGGGAUGAUGGUAACCACUGAAAACGCACACCAUCGUCAUCCUCCUCGUGUGUACAUUUAUAUCAGCAUGCUUGUGCAGGGACACAUGGGUUUGCAUGUGUGUCUUUGUGUAUCCGAUCUUGGCGCAUCUCCAUGUUUCAGUCACCUGUGGUAGAGUUGGACUCCCCAGCUGAAGCUUUCUUUGCUUCGAAUCCUGGAGCUUCAUUUGACAUGAUGAUAAAAUCUAACGUCUUCCUUAUCCUGGCUCGCUAGACUACAACCAUGCUUCUUCUUGAAGCAGCACUUCUAAACCAGGAUUCGCAAAGUGGCACCUUUCAUUAUACAGCCUUUUGGGGACUAACACUGUGAACACGUUUCCAGCCAGCGGAACAAUUUUGGACAAGGAACAGGACAAAAAAGUUGUCCAGCAACACCAGCUGCUUCUUUUACUUCACUUAGAAAGAGAAAAGGAGUAAGAAGCCAUUGAAUGCAAAAUGUUUUCUCUUGACUGCACUUCUGCUACCAAGGAGAUUUUUUUUUUUCGUCUUUAAUCGGUCACGUUUUGAGUUUCCUAAGGAACCCCCUAGAGGGGAGGAAAUGUAAUGCGCUUUUUACAAGCAUGUGCAAGC